CGGUCUGUGUUCUGUCUGGCCCGCUGUUGUGAACAGGGCACUCUAAUUUAGCUGACUUAGUAAAGGGAGGGAGUGUCCAAGAUGUCGGCGUACAAUCAGCCAACUGCUAAGCGGCAGAAAGUAAGAGAACCCAGAGUGGACAAUGUUGAUUAUUUUCAAGGUAUAGACAAGGUGGAGUACAACAACAUGGCGUCUCCGGCGGAGAGCGGCAGCUACCGCUACUACAGCGCGUCGGAGCGCGUGCACUCGCGGCCCAUGGACGACUGGCUCAAGUACAGCGUCUCGCUCACUGACUUCCGCAGCAAUGGAUCCGAUGUCCACGGUCGUUCCACACACUCUCGCCCUUGGGACGACGGCACAGACUCGAUGGACAACCACAAGCGUCACAUCAAGGCGUUAUUCGACUUCUGCGCCAAGCUCGGAGUCAAGUACUGGACGGCCUUCGACUCCGACCUGGUGCCCUACACGGACAGCUGGGAGGAGAACAAGACGCACUGGGAUGACGUCACCGAGUACAUACAGGAACUCGCGCAGAGGUACCACGUCAAGCUGCUGUGGAUAGCGCCGGAUUUGCAUUCACAUCCCAGAUACGUAUCAGGCGCCUUCACGAGCAACGACGCGUCCACAUUCAUCCAAGCAGCCACGCAAAUAAAGCGAUGUCUAGAAGCGGCACAACGUUUGAACGCAGAAUGUUUUCUAAUAUGGCCGUACAGAGAGGGAUACCACACUCUAUUCCAAACUGACGUCGCUAGAGAAAUUAAAUUAUUCGCAAAACUACUAAAACUCACCGCAGAAUACAAAGAUAGACUGAAUUAUAGAUGUCAACUGCUAAUAAUGCCGUAUUACAAUUCCUACCAAAACAGGAACUUUUACGGAGGCUGGCAACACCACCAAUGGCGGGAACGAGAUUUGGUUCACACGUAUAUGUGGGAUGUGACGAGUUGUCUUUACUUGCUAAAGAAUUAUAACUUGGAUCGGUAUUACAAGGUGUCCGUCACGCCUGGACAUCACAUGUAUAUGGCUAACGUGUACAACAUGUUGGGCGGUGUGACAGUAACAAACGACUGGGAUCACUACGAUAGCAGAACACUCACCUUGAUGAUGAAAUGUAUCGUCGAUCAGGGUUCAACGCCGCCUGGCGGUAUAAACCUGAAACUAGUACCCCGGCGAGACAGCGACCUGCGCGAGUUGACCACGACGUACGUCAAGUACAUCGACGCUUUGGCCAAAGCGCUGCGAAUGGCGUGCACCGUGAUCGCUGAACAAAUAUUCUCUAAACAUUUGCAGCAACGUUACUCUACGUACUACAGCGGAAUCGGAUCUCGGAUCAUCAGCAGCGACAUUUCUAUGGAGGAAUGUGAAGAAUAUUAUAAAAAGAACCAGCCUCACGGAGACGUGCCAUCAUCAAAGUACGAACAUUUGGACGUGGUGUUCCAGAGGCACUUGGAUGCCUGCGAUCAUAUAUGAUAGAGGUCAUUUGACAUAGUUUUAAUAAGAUUAUUGUACAAACAAUUUGAACUUUACUUGUCUUGUGGAGAGAUGUCGCAUCGUAAAAUUCUUCUUUUUAUUUGUCUGUCAGUCUACUAUUCUAUUUUCUGUCCACUUCUAACUUCUUCAAAUAGGGUUAUUGUAUUUUUAUAUCUCUAUUAUGGCGCAAAUUAGGGCUUUACCAACGUCACUUUUGUAUUUUUUAAAUUAGAUAUAUUAGACAGUAACAAUGACAUUAUUUCUAUUUCCAUCCUUCGCUUUCUUCUUCUCAGUCUUACUUUCUAUUUCUUUUUGUCUCAACUCAAUUGUAAGUUGAAGGUAUUUUAUAAGUUUAUUAAGGAAAUACAGCUAAGACAAGUCUUAGAACAUGACUCAAAUUAUACACUGAUUAUGAUAUUAAUCAAAUGAUCAAUUGCUGUUGACUGGAAAAACUAUAAUAAAAGAAAACAAUGAAUAAAUA